AUGGUGUUAAUUGUACCUUCCAGCGUUGCCUGGCCGUGUAGAAAGCUAAAGCCGUGCAAAAAUAAGAAACCGUACGAAAGUGUAUUAGGCAUCGGGUCGAAGGGAUUUAAGUCGAAAAACAGGAGCGUGAUGGAAGACGUGUACGUGGAGGUGGAAUUGCCAGAGGACGCAGAAACGAUCACAACUCCAACCAGGAAGCAAGUUCCACAGACAAAUGAAAACAGGGCUUACGUGGAGGAAAAGCUGAAGGAAGGCGGAAAGAAGCAGAGCACAGAUACCCCUUGUACAAGGAAUCACGGGAUGACUGUAAUCCAUAAUUAUAGAACAAAUGUAACCAAUAAUCCCAAAGAUUUUAGGCCCAUGGCAAACACAGGCAACAUCAAGAGGGACGACGACGAUGUUGAGACUGAUAGGAGGACGAUUGAGUGGAGUCUGGAUGUUGUGGAUAGAUACCUAUCUAGGGCUAUAGAUCUGGCUAAAAACCAGAGCGGGCUAAAUCAGAGCAAUUUUUUCCACAGGGGUGGUGGAAACGAUUCUUCCAAGGCUCACACCAAGGGAGCCGCCUCUUCUUUUGAUAAGUAUUCAAAAGUUGAAGAUUCAAAGGAUAUUCAAAAGGAUGAAUCAAGCUUUUCAAAAAACACUUCUCAAACAAGUGUGGAAAAGAGUAAGGACGAGAAGCCUAAGGAUCCCAACUCUGUCGGCACGAUUGAAGAGUUGACCAGACUCCUGUUCAAGUACCACACGAGUAGGUACAAGGAGUUCAAAAGACAGGUUUACUCUAUAAACGAUUCUGACGCUAAGCCUGGUCACCACUCCGACAGGCACGACUCCACAGAAUCACACCCUAAGAGUUACAGGUCAAACUACAGCUAUAGGCCUUCUUACUCUCGCGAGAGGGGUCAUGAUCGUCAUAAAUAUAAAUCGGAUCGCUAA